AAUACAUAACAGAUAACGUAAUAUUGUAUAUGAAAUGUGUAGUAGUUUUUUGAUAGAGUAAUUCAUACAUUCAUAUAUUCCCUAUCGUUGUUCAGCAGUUCUGGGCGUCAAAAAACAAGUGUUGUUUGAAACUAUUUUUUAAUACCCAUUCCUCUCCGGCACACAUACACUGCCAGUCCCUCAUUGCCUGAUUGCCUGUCCCAUCGACUUAAACGCUAUCACAUCUGCUCUCACUCUUAACGAACAAAUAUUAAAUAAUAAUCGUUUUUAUUGUUUUAUUUUGGUUUAUAAUUCUUGUGUAAAAACCGAGUUUUAAAACUUAUUUGUUUCAAAUAAUGGCAUCAAAUAGAGCCGAAAAAGCGGGUUUCGCUGCCGAAGCGCACAGCAAAAUAAACUCCAAAUACGAUCCACAACUGUCUCAUCAAAUCCUGGUAUGGAUUAAAGAUCUCCUCAAUGAAGACAUCGAUACGAACGGCGAGAAUAAUUCAUUUUACGAGACGCUUAAGGAUGGGACUGUACUUUGCAGACUCGUGAACGCCAUUCAAGCGAAUACAGUAAAGAAAGUGAACGCAUCGAAGAUGGCGUUCAAAUGCAUGGAAAACAUACAGUUCUUCUUAGAAGGCGCCCAGAAGUUGGGCGUUCCCUCUGAGGAACUCUUCCAGACCAUCGACCUCUGGGAACAGCAGAAUCUGCAUUCCGUUCAGAUAUGUCUGCAAUCGUUGGGCCGAAAGGCCUCCAAACACGGCGUCCACGGAAUCGGUCCCAAAGAAUCGGAGGCCAAUGUCAGGGAAUUCAGCGAAGAGCAGAUGAAGGCCGGACAGGGAGUGAUUGGUCUUCAGUACGGCUCCAAUAAGGGCGCCAAUCAAAGCGGUAUCAACUUUGGCAACACUCGUCAUAUGUGA